CGAUUCUAGUUCCGGUCAUAUGACUUCCGCUAAGGGACGGAAUUGCUAUCGAAACGCAUAAUGGCGUCAAGGCUAACGGCUGGAAUUGCUCGUCGCUUUUUCGCUGUACAAGGACCCUCUGCACAAGCUGGGGUACAUGGUGGAACCAAGAAAUGGAAGAUGAUAUCACUUCUCGUAGCACUUCCUGGUGUUGCUGUCGGCUACAUCAAUGCUUUCGUCCUACAUUGUAGCCACCCUGAGCGCCCAGAGUUUGUGCCUUAUCCUUAUCUCCGUAUGCGCACGAAGAAAUUUCCCUGGGGUGAUGGAAACCACUCUCUCUUCCACAAUCCUCACCUGAACGCUCUACCCGACGGCUACGAAAAUUAACACUAGAUAACUGACGAAUGAUGAGCAUAGCUGAGGCCAUGUCUGCACAACAGACAUGUUGGUACUAACUGUUAUGAGCUAGACUAGCACAAAACUGAAUAGUCAGUAAGUUUCACCUUUAAUCACUUUUAUUUUCCAUUAAACAGAUACAUCUCGCAGCGAUAUUAAACUUUCAUGCACUUAUAUAUUUUAGUAACGUGAUGUUUCAAUUUCGUUUCCUUAGCUCGGGAGCAAGAUGUAAAAAAAAAAAACGCCAGACUUUUGCUUAUUAUGCUACUAUUGUAAAUAAAGAUUUGUCAUUCGUCUCUCUCACACA